GAAUUCUCGUUGACACAGUUCCUACAAGGGGAAGUUACGUAAUACGUUCUUAUUUGACAAGAAAGCUCGUCUCACGUUAUUCAUUUCCCACGAGGUUUCACCAGAGUCAUUAAGGCCGACUUCCGGAAGACCAAAAAGCGUGGCUGCUCGGUCGAUCAAUGCCUGGCCGGCCAGAUUGCAACGCUUUUGUUGCUCACUCCACCCUGCUCGACGAUGGCAUCAAUCUUGGCAUCGCAAUCUCGCAAAAAGCCUUCGCAAGCACCCGCUUUUUCCACAAGCGCUCUUAAAAACUCGCAAGCAUACGAGCUGCUCGUUGGAGCUCUCACUCCGAGCACCGCUCCUGCGGGAUUUAAUGGCGAGCUCCUGGUAUAAAAUCGCAAACACGCACCUCUUCUCUCCUACGCUCCAUGCACAGGAAGGCCAGCAACAAUGCUUGCUUCGUUUGUGUUCUUCCUGGUCCUUCUUCUCACCACUUCAGGAGAAGUCGAAUGCCGAUCGAGGAAAAAGACGCAUGACGAAGGAACUUCCAGCAGCAACAAAAAGUCUCCCUCGAGCUCCCUGUUCGAAUCCAAAGUCGGUGUCAACUAUGGCCGGAUUGCCGACAACCUUCCCCCGCCAAACCAAGUCCUCCAGCUCCUCACAUCCGCAACCGAUAUCCGCAAGGUCAAGCUCUUCGAUGCGGAGCCAUCGGUUCUAAGCGCCUUCUCCAACACAGACUUCUCGCUCGUCGUCUCCGCUCCAAACUACAUGCUCUCCGAUCUCGCCUCGGACCAAUCCAAGGCUCUCAACUGGCUCACAAGCUCCGUCGCCAGCUUCUAUCCCGCCACCAACAUCACCCACAUCGCCGUCGGCAACGAAGUCUUCUCGCAGACCGAUGGAGCGCUCAAGGCCAACCUCCUCCCGGCCAUGAAGAACGUCUACUCGGCCCUCGAGAAGCUCAAGCUCCACAAACGGAUCAAAGUCUCCACGCCCCACGCCAUGUCCGUCCUCAGCUCCUCCUUCCCUCCAUCAAACGGCUCCUUCUCGGACACCACCAGAGCCUCCCUCAUGCCACCGCUCCUCCAGUUCCUCAACGACACCGGCAAUCCCUUCAUGAUCAACGUCUACCCCUUCUUCGCCUACUCGACCAGCCCAAAGUCGGUCUCGCUCGACUUCGUGCUCUUCCGCUCCACCAAAGGCGAGCUGGAUCCCAUGUCGGGCCUGAGCUACGCCAACAUGUUUGACGCCCAGCUCGACGCCGUCCACUUCGCCAUGCAGUCACUGGGCUUCGACCGCAUACCUCUUCUCGUGUCCGAGACCGGCUGGCCAUCCAGUGGUGACGACUCAGAGACCGGCGCUAGCGUGGAGAAUGCCCGAGAGUACAUCCGGAACCUCGUCAAGCACGUAACUUCCACCUCGGGCACCACCCCGGUGAGGCCGAGCUCUCCCACCGAGGUCUAUAUCUUCGCGCUCUUCAACGAGGACCAAAAGCCCGGCCCCAAGUCCGAGAGGAACUUCGGCCUCUUCCAGCCCAACGGGAGCCCCGUCUAUAGCUCCGACGUCCUUCGCAGUGGCAGCAAUGGCAGUGGUACCAGCGGCGCCGCCAGUAAGAGCAAGCGGAGGAAGAAGAGAUCGAUCAAUCCCCCGCGGCAACACCACCACCACCAGAAGAUGUAUCGAUCCUCGGCCAGCAGCGUCCGGCAGUGGUGCAUUGCCAAGCCCGGCGCCGACGCCGCCGCUCUGGAGAAGGGGAUAACCUUUGCCUGCGCCGAGGGAGGGAUCGAUUGCUCGCCGAUCCAGAGCAACGGGAGCUGCUUCGAUCCCCAGAUCGCCUUCUCGCACGCCUCGUUCGUCUACAAUAGCUACUUCCAGAAAAUGGGGAGGAAUUCGUGGAACUGCUACUUCCAGGACACGGCAAUGAUCACCAUCACCGAUCCAAGCUAUGGAUCUUGCCGGUACCUCUCCACAUAAACCCUAAAACACAUAAUUUCACCUCAUUUAAAUGGAAAGGACCACAAAAGCCCUACAUUCUUCCUCCUCCAAGGAAGCUGUUUGCGAUCGUCUCAUGCAGUGAAGAUUUCGCGAGGCGCUUUGUUCCAGACGCAGGACGAGCCAGCGUUUUGUGGCAUUCAUGGAGAUCCAUUCCUUUCUGCCUUCCAUUUCCCAUUCCAUGCUCGAUGAAAACGAGAUCAUUCUUUGCGCAGAACGUGGAAAGAGGAUUUGCUCUGCAUGCAAGCCGAAUGCUCGCCUGGAAUGACCUGUGUUUGGAAAAACCAAGAAGUUUCAGUUCUUUUUAGUGUGAGCUGCCAUUCCUACAGGACUACUAGUUCAUUCUUUAACCUUUGAACUUCAAAAGAGCAUUGCUGACAAGACGGAUCACGGCCGCCACCCGUGGUGGUUUUCAGUUUCCAGCGAUAGUAAAGAGAAUCUACUUCAAGAUGGACGACUUGGUGUGUUACAUCUAGACGCCUACUACAUCAAUGCCAGUGUGUUUGGACUUCCAUGGAAGCUUGCUCAUGCGAGAGAUGGCAACGAGCGCACCCCGACUCGGGCUUGCCCAUAGAUUUGGCAGGCUUGCAAGCAUGUACUGCACAGAGGAAAGAAUCAAGGAAUAAAGGGCACUGUAGUUUUAUUUUU